UUAGCCUCGCCGUUACUGGGUUUAGUCUGAAGGCGAGUGAACAUGGUCGACAUUAAGUGUACAAUAAGAGAUUACUUUCGACAGGGAAACAAGAAGAAUGUGAAGUGUGAUUCAUCAGCGGAGCUCAGCUUCAUUCCAUCAUUGGACAGAGAAUUCCCGUACCUGUUGGGUUUGGAGGAAGUGGUUCAUUUCCGCUUACAGCUGUUGGAUAAGGCUGUGUACAAUGUCCCCCAGAUGUGGAAUGCCAGAGGAAGAAAAAGGAGAACGAACAAAAAGCCACCCAUAUUAUACGUUGCACCGUCCACUCCUCCAAAAGAUCCACUCAUCUGUGCAGAGUGCAACACUGAUUUCUCUUGCUCGUGGAGGCAGGACACGAAUGGUUUAUUUUUAUGUCAGUCCUGUUUUAAGUGCAAUUGGAAGAAGGAGCACUGGUCCACCAGCAGACCAGAGGAGACCCCUAUCAAGUCAUUGUCUGGGAUCUCGUCUCCCAUUCCUGCAUCAUCCAUUCAGCAUGUGAGGAAUGACCCACAGGUUAAGCAAGAAGGUGGCCUCCCCUUGGACAAUCCAUCUGUUUCAGUUUCAGCCAAAGCUCAGAAGCUGGUUCCCAUAAUGUCAGCUUGCACCAUGUCUCCUCAUAACACAUCUUCCUCUCCUUUGUCCUCACCCAAUUUCUACUCUGACUCAUCUUCCUAUGCUUCCUUGGACCUUCUCUCUUUGCCGAUGGAUUAUUCCUCGUCUUCCUACACCUCCUCUCUUUCUGAUGGUUCUUGCUCACCUUAUCUCCCUUCUUCUUCAGAUCUUUACUCCCCUUCCUCAUCCUUGUCCCUCUCACCCCCUUGUUUGCCAAAAUGUUACUUGAACAAGAAGGCUGGAGCACCUUACAGGAUGGGUACUCUACUUGCCAAGAAUUUGCUUAAAGAUGACAAGGUAAUCCAAGACGAGAAGGCAGAGAUGAGGAAAUACAACUGGAACAAGCCCCAUUAUAGCGAAGAGAAGACUGAGAAGACAGCAACCUCUGGGUCUCUAUCAGCUGCCUCCUCUUCAUCGACUCUGGAAUCUUAUCGGCCCAAUUUGCAGAAGGCCCAGGUACCCAACACAGGCUCAGGUAUGCUCUCCAAAACGUCAUCCACAUCAAUUCUCAAUACUAGCAAAGAGAAGCUUGAGUUGGUUGAAGGAAGACAGCAGGCUCUCGAGUCAAAGUCAGGAUGCUAUGAAUGGAAACCCGACUCCUUGAUGUCGCCCCAAAAACACGUCAUCCACUCAUCAAGGAAAGAUGAGCCAGCAGACGCUUGUCCCGCAGAAGGCCAAACCAAUCCAAAGGAUUCCACCAUCUACAAGGCCAUGUCUAAGGAGCACAAAAUGGAUAAAUGGAUUCAGAGACAGAAGAUCCCCAACGUGUCUCCAACUUCCAUGGCUAACAUACCCCCCUCCUCUGCAUCUCUUCUGGACUCACAGAAGGUGAAGGUGGACCAUAGGAAAAGAUCUAACUCACUCCCUAACAAGAUUCCUCGUAAACCCAAGUAGAAGAAUGUUGAGGUUAAUGUGAUCCAAGCUCUCCUGAUCCUUGCCUUAUUCCUGCCCCCUUGAAAAACAGAUUGAUCUUGAAAAGUGUUUGGUUCUUUAGCGUUGCCCUGGUUAGAUCCUUGCCUUUACUGAUCCUUGAAGGACAGUCAUGUUCUUCGUACGGACUUGAAAUUCACACUUGAUCCACUUAAUUCUAGGGUGACCAGGGUGGUUUUUCCAAGGGUCCAUACGUAAUGGAACGUAAUGGCAUUUUUAAUUUCUACUUGGGAUGAUUAACUAAACUUUUGGAGUGCCUCAGUUUUGCACAGUAUUCCCAGCUUUAAAUGUGACCUCGACUCAUUUUUUGCAAAAAUCCUGCCUAUUUAUUUUUGUUGAAGUCGAGAUGUAAAGUCAUUCAGAUGUUUUUUGAUUGUAAAGAAGCUUAAAUCUGAAAAGACCUUUUUCUUUGAGAACUAUUUUGCUUUAUAAUAACCUGCAGGUAAAAAUAUAUUUUAGGCCAAAUUCUAUCUCAAAACUGUUAUAAAACAGUGCCCCAGGUAUUUACCACCAUUUCUUAUAGCACGCUCUGUAUCUAGCUUUUUGUAGCAUUAAACUCUUUAGAUGUCUGGUUCCUAUCACCUCCACUGUAAACAAUUCUGACACUAUAAAGUUGACA